CACACACACACACACACACACACACAUGGACGAUACCCAACCCUGAAGAAAUACCAUCCAUUCCUCACCCGGACACACACUGGGAUGAGUUGGCAAACCGCAGGUCGGGAGGAACCCUGCGCACCUUGAACGGGAUUAAUCCAAACAUCUGCCAUCAAUUCUCCUUCCACAAGGAUUCCCAGAAUCUGCGCCCAGGUAUGUCCCUGUCGGGAUCCAGCGCUGUGAAGAAGGCCACCAGACUCAUCACAGACUUCUCCAACAUCACGCAAGAUGCAGACCCUGAAGAGGCAAACCCUGAGGCUGCAGAGCUUGACCUGGGGACGAAAAUCAAAGCUCCCAAAGAGGUGAUGCUGGAGGAGCUGUCGCUGUUGAAGAACAAGGGCUCCAGGAUGUUCAAGAUGAGGCAGCAACGGGUGGAGAGGUUCAUCUACGAGAACAACCCUGAGAAGCUUGGAGAGCAGCCCGUGCAGAUCUCCAACAAUCUGAUGUCCCCUCUUCUUGGGGGAAUGGAGAACGUCCGACCUGAACCGGUCAGCACAAACAAGGCGGAAACAGAAGUCAAGGAAGAUGCAGCAGGUGAGCAAGACGGCGGCGGCGCCUUGGAGGAGAAGCAUGUGAAAACGUACGUGUCACCAUGGGAACGGGCCAUGCGGGGCGACGAGGAGCUGCUGGCCACCAUGAAGCCAAGGAUGCCUGGGCCGCACGUGCACCGCGAUCCGCCCCCGCUCAAGAGCUUCAACAGGACAGCCCAGCCAUUCGGAGACGCUGAGAAGACCUCGACCUUCACGGAGCUCCAGCCGCCAGCCUUAGCUCCGCCCAAGCAGCCGGAGGUGUUGGCGGCAGUCCGCGACAUCAGCCUGCGCCCGUCCUUCAACCGCACUCCUGUCGGCUGGGUGUGCGGCACGGAGCCCGGCCGCAUCCAUGUCGACACGGACAUCGGCGCCUUGGACACGCGGGAAGAGGACCUCUAAGGAACUGUCCUCCUCCCUCUAGUUGCCUCCUUCCACACACGCACACACACACACACACGCACACACAGAGGACGCGCCAGAUUGCAAGCGUGCGCCGACCCAACACCGGGACCUCGAUCGCCGCAAACGGUUAAAACCCCACCGACAGUGGAGCCCAUGCACUCGUGACUCGACACCGAGGAGUCCAUCACCUCCACCUCCUCGCAAGUCACCAUCCACACUGAGAAACUUGAUAAUCAUCGCUUAGUCAGUCAGCUAGCUUUCAAGAAACACAUUUCGUGGCCUUCGACAAACAUGACGUCAUAAUUAAAUUCAUUAUUUACACAUUCGCCGCCGGCGCACGAACGUCCUCCUUCGGCGGGACGGUCCGUUUCAUACGAGCGGAGCGUAAAAAUGGACGUUCGCAGGUGAAAGCUCUGAUGAACGUGCAGUAACGUGAUUGUGCAGUCCCCCGAAUCCUGUACCUGGAGGUCUUACAUGAGGAUGUUCCCACUGACCGGUCUCACGCGUGGUUCGCACGUCAUACAACCAAAAGUCUUGCGUCUGCAGAAAACCGCUGCUUGAGGAACGCCGGAACCGACGCGCACGGCGGCGUCCAGCUCGCAACGGAACCCAAUGACCAAACUGACAUCGUCCACCUCCACAGCUAGGGGGCGUAACAGCGAAAAUGCACGUAAUUAACGAAGCCUGUAAGAACGGACUGAGAUUGUAAUGUCAGCGGCGGUAAAUAAACGUGGCCACUUGUGU